AUGAGUAAUCUGUACAGCCUUGGAGGAGGACUUAGCCAACGCGACUUCAGCAACGCCACGGUUUGGUUUUUCUGCAAGGAAAGCAACGUCAGCUGUGAGGAAAUAUCCACACGAUCCUCCCACGUGCCAAACAGGACACUUCUCACAAAGACCGGUGGUGGGCUCAGUCUGUCCAUCAGUCACGUGUCCCCUCACGAUGCUGGUGUCUACUGGUGUGGGGUGGCGGACAAAGAUGGAAGAAACCACACUGCACUCAUGAAAAUUCAUCUGGAAGUUGAAAAUGUUACGACAUUCUGGAGACGGCCAGCUACUGGACAGGACUUCUCAUUCUUCUGCCUAUAUCUUAACGACGUGGUACCAAAGUUCAUCUGUAAGGGAGAGGACCCGUCCACGUGUGAGCGGCUGGUAAACACCACGAAGCCACACGGGAGUCCGAGGUUCUCCAUGAGGGACGACAAAGCGAAGAAGAACAUCAGCGUGAGGAUGAGGGCGGUGACGGGGGCCGACUCGGGGACGUACUGGUGUGGGGAGGAGAGCGCCAGCCGCCACCGGAGCCCCACCUUCCUCCGCAGAAUGCAUCUGAGGGGGGGAUUUGGGGGAUUCAUUGCUCUGGUCGUCUCUGUGUCCGUCCUGGCAUUACUGCUGUUUAUCAUAGAACAUGUCUAUGAGGAGAUACUCGAGGACUUCCAGGUCACUGACACACCCACCAGAGACCCCUCCAAACUGCUCUACUCCACCAUCAGCUUUGAAAACAGGACUGACGGAGAAACACUGGUCAUCAAACCCAGCUCCUCCGCCUGCCAAUACUCUCCCCUGAAAAUCAAACCUACUUGUCAUUCACCCAGACCUAUAACACAUAGACACAUGAGCGAUGAUGAUGAGGAUGAUUGGUUGACUUAA